AGCAGCCCUGGUGGCAUCGAUAUCGACGAACGUUGGUUUUGUUUUCUCCGCAGUAGUGUCACUAAAAAACAUACCACGAUUGAUCCCUGCGUUUUAUUUCGCUUCAUCCUUAUGUAAAUUCUCAUGAGAGUGUCUGUUACGGAGCUCUGGCAGAGUGAAACAGUUCUUCCAAUCUCAAUCACAAUGUCCAAGCCCAUCAUGGAUCUUGGAGGAUAUUACAUCGAGGAGGAAAGUGAUGAAGACGACGCCGAUGCAUGCAGUAGCAGCUCUGAGGACGAGAUACAAACAUUUGUCCGAGAAAAGUUCCUCACCAAAAGUGAUUCCGAGGAUGACUUCGAACAAGAAAUGGAGAAAGAGCUCUCUCGUACGGUCAAGAGCUUUGAACAGAAGCAGAUACUUCGGCAAAAGGCUUUAACGAGUGGGGAGCAUAGCCAAGUUACCGAGAAAAGUACAGGAGGUCAUAGCAAAAACAAAGCUGAACCUUCAAAUGACGACCUCUUCUACAACCCGGAUGAAGAUGACGAGGACGAGAAAUGGGUGAACGACCAGCGCAGAGCGUGCAUCUUCCCUCCAAGCUCUAACAAGGACACCUCCAGCACAGAAAAGCCUCUGCCAACGAGUGAUGCUGUACUUAACUGUCUAGCCUGUAUGACAGUUCUGUGCCUUGACUGUCAAUGCCACGAGAUCUACCACACGCAGUACCGUGCCAUGUUUGUGAAAAACUGCAUCGUAGAUGAGGCUCAGGUGUUGAGAUGCCCACCUUCGGGCCAAAAAAAGAGAAAAGGUGCAGAACCAACUGACGACCCUGCAGACCUUUUCAAGCCAGUUCGCUGCAGUCAGUGCAACACCGAAGUUGCAGUGUAUGACAAGGAUGAAGUUUACCACUUCUUCAAUGUGAUUGCAAGCUUUUCCUAACACUUUUGUAAAUAAACAUCUUGUUGGAUACA